AUGAAGAAAGUUGAUCUUUCUCUUAAAAAGAAUUCAAUUCAUGAUACAAAGCAAUCUCAACGAAAAAUAUCAGUAUAUUUUAUGAAGACUCCUAAAAAUUUAUCUCUUAAAAAGAAUAAUUCAUUAAAUAAUAUUGUUGAAUCUAGUACCAUAGAUGAUGAAAUACAUAAGAAAAGGAAGAUAUCAGAUGAUUUGGGUUCAUUACAAAUUAAAGUUGCAAAAUAUGAUGAUGUUCCUGAUGCAUGUAAUGCAGGAAAUGCACAAAGACAAAAACAUGUACUUGCAGAUGAGUCUAAUGUAAUUCAUCAUGUGUUCGAUAGUAAUAUAAGCAUAGGUACAAAUAAAACUAAAUGCGAUUAUAUGUCUGUAAUAGAACAUGAUCUUAAGGAAAACAUUGGUAUUGACCAAUAUGCAGACAAAUUAUAUAAAUCAAAUGACAAGAAAGUAAUAAAACAUGAUGGUAUAUUACAAGAUAAUAAUUCUGAUAAGUGUCUUUCAAAAGAACACAAAACAGAUUCCAUGGAGGAAUAUGUGCAUGAUAAUAUAAAACAUGAAGAAAUUUGUUCAGAAUUAGGAUCAUUUCUAACAGAUGAUUUUAAUGAUUAUUUUGAAGAAGACUGGUCAAUAGAUACCCAAAUAAAUUUUAAUUCCCUGCAGAGAUGCAAAGUCGUUGAAGUAAGAAGAGAUUAUAAUAGUUUAUUACUAACUGUAUCACAGGAAGAUUAUAAGACACCUAAUACAACUAUUACAUGUUCAGGUUUUUGGAAAGAUGCUAAGGUGCAGAAAGAUGAUAUUGUUGUUGUUCAAGCAAGAAAGGAAAACAAACAAUGGAUAAUAGAUAAUAAUAGUGGUUUCCUUGUUGUACAUCCAGAUAUAUUAAUAUCUGGAACAACAGUGGCUGGUGCUUUAUUUUGUAAGAGAAAAGCAGUUUUAGCUGAAAAAUUUAGAAAGAUGGAGAAUUUACCAUAUUAUGAGGGAGAUAAAUCACCACUUGUUAUUGGAAGCUUAGUCCAUCAAUUAUUACAAGGUGCAGUACAAAAAAAUAUUCAUGAGUUGUCAGAUAUUACAAAGUUAAUGGAUAGCAUAUUGCAGUCCAAAGAUACAAGCAGUCUACUUUAUGCAUCAGAAAUUUCACUUGAUGUAUGUAGACAACAAAUGCUCGUAUUUGUGCCAAAAAUACAUAAGUUUAUUCAACAUUAUAUAAAAGGUAAAAGACAACAAGAAAUAAAUAAUAUGCAGAGCAAUUUUAAAGGAAAAAUCAGUCAUAUUCGUGAUAUAGAAGAAAAUAUCUGGCUUCCUAAGUUAGGUAUAAAAGGUAAGGUAGAUGUUACCGUGGAAGUGAAAAUAAAUUCAAAGAAGAAAAUUAUGCCUCUCGAAAUAAAGACAGGGAAACCAUCAUUCUCAUUGGAGCAUCGAGGUCAGAUUAUUUUGUAUAUUAUGAUGAUGACUCUUACAGGUCAGGAUACAGACACAGGUCUCUUAUUAUACCUUAGGGAAAAUAGUAUACAAGAGAUUAAUAGUGGUUAUCCUGAAAAAAGGGAUUUAAUAUUAUUACGAAACACAUUAGCUAGUUAUUUUGUACCAAAAUCAAUUGAAAAGAUAACAAGCUUAACUUCUGAAUCAGGUUGGCAAAUUUUAGAGUUACCAGAACCAAUUAAUCAUCAUAGUGCUUGUUCAAAGUGUAUUUACAGUGCUUUGUGUUGUGCAUAUUUGAGCAAAGAUACUAAUAUACAAUUGUCAGAUUCACAUCCAUUAACAAAGCUUGGGAAACAGAUUUUGGAUAAGUUCAAGCCUACUCAUAUUGAUUACAUUUUGCAUUGGGUUUCAUUAUUGCAAAUAGAAGAAAGUGCACAAUUCAGUGAGAAUAUAAUGAAAUACUUAUGGACAUUAAGUCCAGAAAAAAGGGAAAUGAAGAAAACAUGUAUCUGUAAUUUGCAAGUGAUAGGAAAAGUUAUUGAGUGUGAUUCAAAGUAUAAGCACACCUUUGUUCGUGCAAAUGUAAAAGCACAAUUUUCAAAUACUAAUAUUCCAUAUAUGGAAUUUUCUGACAAUGAAUAUAUUUUAAUCAGUACAAAUACAAGAAUAAAUAUAUCUGCAGGAUUUAUUGUACAAAGGAAAGAAGAUUCUAUCAUAGUGUUAUUAGAUAGAGAUAUUACCAAAUAUAACAUAAAUGAAUCCUUUCAUAUAGACAAGUAUUCAUCUUCUAGUUUAUUUUCCUCUAAUCUUGCGAAUGUAGGAGGUUUAAUGGAACACAAUAAAAUUUGCGAAAAGUUACGAGACAUUAUAAUAGAUAGGAAACCAGCAUCAUUUCAAAAAGGUCUAUCACAAUCCAUUAUUUAUAAAAGUGCCAAAAUAUUACAAAAUUUAAAUAAAAAUCAGCAAAGAGCAAUUUUGAAGGUAAUAUCCACAAAUGAUUACGCUUUAAUUAAAGGAAUGCCAGGGACUGGAAAAACAGAGACAUUGGUGGCAUUAAUAGAAGUCUUACAUAAUGCAGGACACUCUAUUCUAAUUACUGCACAUACAAAUAGUGCUGUAGACAAUAUUUUAUUAAAAUUACUGAACAAAGGUAUUGACUUCUUGCGAUUGGGUUCAUAUGUUCAUCCAUCUUUGAAAUAUAAAACUGAAGGAUUUGCAGUUUCAAAUUACUGCUCACCAAACAGCUUAGAAGAACUAUAUUCUAGCAAAAAUAUUAUUGGAGUAACUUGUUACGGUGCUCAUCAUGCUCUUCUUGGAAGACGUAUAUUUGAUAUAUGUCUCGUAGAUGAAAGUACUCAGACAUUGCAACCAUCUGUCUUACGCCCAUUAUAUAGUGCAAAGAAAUUUGUUCUUGUGGGAGAUCCUGAUCAAUUACCACCUGUUAUUAGAAGUAAAUUGGCUAGAAAAUUAGGUGCAGAAGAAUCGUUAUUUGCUCGAUUGGAUAAUGAAAACAAUACAGUCACCUUAACAAAACAGUACAGAAUGAAUAAAAAUAUUAUGUACUUAGCAAAUAAGUUAACAUAUAACGACAUGUUAGUAAUGGGGAAUACAUCGUUAGAAAAUGCUACCAUUGUUUCACUAUGUAAAGAAGUGAGUUUAAUAAAUAAAAUAAAUUGUGAUGAAAAGUGGCUACAGAAGACAUUAUCAUUGGAUAUAAGUAACUCAGUAAUUAUACUAAACACAGGAUGUACCAGUAAUUUACAAUUAAGUUACUGCGAUUUUAGUACUAGAUACCCAGAAAGUGAUCAAGUAAAUUCAAAUAUAUGGGAAGCUGUCAUAAUCUCGAAAUUGGUGCAAACUCUUUUAAAGAUGGAUGCACAGUUUAAAAAUAUUGGCAUUAUUGCGCCAUAUAGAGCACAUGUUAAUUUACUAAAAAAAGUUCUUACUAGUGAUAUCGAGAUAAAUACUGUUGAUCAAUAUCAAGGACGUGAUAAAGAGAUUAUAAUUUAUUCUUGUGCAAAAAGUUUAGUCAACAAUAGUGAUGUAAAAGAGGAUCUCGAAGUAUUAGGGGAUCAUCGAAGAUUAACUGUAGCGUUAACAAGAGCAAAAUAUAAAUUAAUUAUUAUUGGGGACAAGAACACUUUAUCUCGGUAUGCAGUGUUUAAAAAAUUAUUUAAUCUAGUCGGAGAUAAAAAUAUAAUAAAUUUAAAGGAUUACUGCAAUGAUUUUUUGUGGGAAAACCUGGUAUGUACUUUAUAA